AUGGAUUGUGCAGGAUCCACUCGCUACUUGUUGGCAGUGGCGACGAUAGCCACGGCCAUCUCGCUUGGCAGUGCGGCUCAUAUACUCAGCCUCACCUUAUCCAGUCAACGUAACACCGACGACUCCGCUCUUACGUUACCACUGUCCAAGUUACCGCUACCGAUACCGUUACCGAACAUUGCGGAGAGGUUGCAUUCAAGGUUGCACAAACACCGGACGCCGCAGCCAUCUGCGACGAAUGCUCCGACUUCUCCGGACAACAGACAGCAAGAUCCGCAGCAACCACCUCAGCAACCGCCAAAACCGACGGUGGACGAACAACCGGAUGGAAAAGAUCCUAACCAGUCGUUGGCAAACGCAUCUGUGACGACUUCGCCGAGACCGAAGCUGGAUACGAGUACCGAGGAUCGAUCCGCCAUUGAGCUUCCACUAUUUUCUUGCAGUGAGGGUCAAGAGUUUAACCAACACCGGGAAUGCGUUCCAAAGCGUCAAAUAAGUUUCAACCCCGAAGACGAGCCGAACUAG